CUGCGCUGCGUCUUGAAAGGUGAGGCCGGGUUGGGGCAGCCAUGGCAGCAGUGCUAAUCUGGAUUUCUCUCCUUGUGGGUCUCCUGGCAGGGCUGGGGUGCACCGAGGCCCAGCAGACCACCCUGCACCCGCUCGUGGGCCGCGUCUUUGUACACACCCUGGACCGCGAAAACUUCCUGCACCUUCCUGAGCUCGUCGUGGCUGUCCCAGACACCGUCCCUAUCACCUACCACGCCCACCUCCAGGGACACCCAGACCUGCCCAGGUGGCUCCGCUACACCCAGCGCAGCCCCCACCAGCCUGGCUUUCUCUACGGCACUGCCACCCCAGCAGAUCGCGGACGCCAGGUCAUCGAGGUCACAGCCUACAAUCGGGACAGCUUUGACACCACCCGGCAGAGGCUGGUGCUGUUGAUUGGAGACCCAGAAGGCCCCCUGCUACCAUACCAGGCUGAGUUCCUGGUGCGCAGCCAUGACGUAGAGGAGGUGCUGCCCUCGACACCUGCCGGCCGUUUCCUCACAGCCUUGGGGGGGCUCUGGGAGCCAGGGGAACUCCAGCUUCUCAACAUCACCUCUGCCUUGGACCGUGGGGGCCGAGUCCCCCUUCCUAUCGAGGGCCGCAAGGAAGGGGUAUACAUCAAGGUGGGCUCUGCCUCACCCUUCUCCACCUGCCUCAAGAUGGUGGCAUCCCCCGACAGCCAAGCUCGCUGUGCCCAGGGCCAGCCUCCAUUGCUGUCCUGCUAUGACACCUUGGCACCUCACUUCCGAGUUGACUGGUGCAAUGUGUCGUUGGUGGACAAGUCAGUGCCAGAGCCUGCAGACGAGGUACCCACUCCAGGUGAUGGGAUCCUGGAGCACGACCCGUUCUUCUGCCCACCCACUGAGGCCACAGCCCGAGAAUUCCUGACCGACGCACUGGUCACCCUCCUGGUGCCCCUACUGGUGGCCCUACUGCUCAGCCUGCUGCUGGCCUAUGUCAUGUGCUGCCGGCGGGAGGGACGGUUGAAGAGAGACCUGGCCACCUCUGAGUUCAUUUUUCAAAUUAUCCAAAAUUGUGAUUCUGCUGCCUGGUUUUCACCUAUGUCAGACUUUAUUGUAUCCAGAUGGUCCACCAUUGCACCAUCCGCGGGAAUACAGAGGAGCUGCGACAGAUGGCAGCUAGCCGAGAGGUGCCCCGGCCACUCUCUACCCUGCCCAUGUUCAAUGUGCGCACAGGCGAGCGGCUGCCCCCGCAAGUGGACAGCACCCGGGUGCCCCUCAUCCUGGACCAGCACUGAGGGCCCACACAGUUCCAGCCCUGGCCUCAUCCUCCCUUCUCUCCCCACUCACAGAGCAGCCACGACCCAUGGCCUCAUCCUUCCUUCUGACUCCAGCUCCCGUCCCAGUGGACCUCAGGCUGGGAAUAAGCAGAGCGAUGAGGAUGGGAUGGGCUGAGGGUGUCUGGGAUCAGGAGCCCCAGAAUAAAACCUGCUGUUCUGCUCAUC